UUGGCGAACCUUUUGUCUUGAAUUGAAUAAUCAAAAAUUACUUAAGGAUGAAGCCAUAGUUAGUCAGCUUGGUAUACAACAAGGAUCUAUUCUCAAAUUUGCAAGAUUGCCUUAUGAUCGAAAUAAGCAUCAAAAAGCCUGGCGUUGGUCUCGUUGAAUGGAUGAUUUAUUAUUUUACCUAGGAUUAUUUCUGGUGAUGAUGGUAAUGAUCGAGAAAUGGAAGUAUUUGUCAUAUAUUUUCGAAACUCACUUUGGAUUUGUCACCCUAGAGUCUUCUUCGGCGGAAUUCAAAAUCGGUUCCUUUUCCAGUGUUUGCUGGCAUUUUCUAUAAGUUUUAUCUCUCUCUCUCUCUCUUACAACAAUAUGUAUGCUAUGUAUGCUUCUCCUGUUUUCGUGCAACCCCCUUCAUUGGAUGAUUACCUGGAAUUCCGAUUUUGGAAAGAAGAACAAGCGCGUUUGGAAAGAAAACGUCAAUAUCAAGCUUAUCGCCAAAAAUGUAUGGAACGACAACGUCAACGUCAACGUAUGGCUGCUGCUUUGGCUGCUCUGGAACAUCAACAAGAAGAAGAACGUCGAAGAAAGCAACACCAACAAGCUUUGAAUCAUCGCAGAUGGAUGGCCUAUAUGGAUCAUAUUCGUCAACAACAAGAACAAAAAAGAGAACAAGAACUUAUUCGUCAACAUUUGAUGGAACGUCAACUAGCUGAACAACAACAAUUAGCAAAACAACGACUUGUUCAACAACUUUAUAUGCAACAAGAUGAUGAUGAUGAUGAUAAUCUGGAUUGGAAUGAACUGGUGAAAGGUUUGGUGUCUAAGCUACUAAAUGAUGAUCAAGUGGACAAGCAAAAAGAAGAAUCCAUGACAGAUGAAAAGGAUCAAGUUGCCACUGAUGAUGACAUGGAAGAAAAACAAGUUGAAGACAUUAAAGAUGCUGAAGAUUCUAAUGACUCUGAUACUGAUGAAUAUUUAAUGGUUUUACUUGAUGACAAUAAUGAUAAUAAUGGUGACAACAACAAGGAUACUGAUAAUGUAAACAAACCUGACAAGGAAAUGGAUAAUGUGGACAAGUCUGACAAGGAAAUGGAUGAUACUGCGGUGGUAGAUGACGACAAGCUGAAAUUGAAAUUGGAAGCAUUGGAAAAUAUCAAGCAACAAUUGGAAGAUAUUCACAAAUCACAUCAAAAGGUAUUGGCUUCUUCACUUUACUUUACUGACGACGAUAAUAGUGAUACAUCCAAUGGAGUUAUGAUUCAAGUACCAACUAUCUCCAAAAAUCAUGACUUUUUAUUCUAUGAAGACAGCAUCAUGCGCAUCUUACUUCAAUUGGACGACAUUUCAUCUGAUGGCAACGAUAUUAUUCGACAACAACGUAAAUCUUUGGUGAAACAAGCUGGAAUGAUUUUAGAUCAACUGGAUCAAUAUAAGCAAGCGGAAUGGGAACGACAUUCAUCUGCCUCAGUAUCAUCUGAAGAUGAAAAUGAAGAUAAUUCUGGAUCAAACAAAUCAACAGGCCAACAACAACAAGAAGAUGAUGAUGAUGAUGAUUCUCUGAUAAAGGUCAAUCUCGAACAAGAACAAGAUGUGGAAAAGGAUGAUUUAGAGGAAAAGGAACUGGAUGAUGAUAACUCACUAGCAAAUGUCGACGACAAGGAUGUCUCGGGUGACGCCUAUUAUUUGAUGAAAGAUAUCGAUGAUGAUGGGUUUCUUAUUCUCAACUUGUGAUUUUAAUUAGUUUUUUAGUUUUGUGUAUAUAUAUAUAUAUAUAUAUAUAUAUAUGAUAGAUUAGACAGAAAAAGUAAAAAAUAAAGUUUGUUUCAUUUUUUUUUUAUUAUUAUUAUUAUGUUUUU